GAACAACUGAAAUGUGCUUGUGAGGAGCGCAACGAAACAGAGAAGAAGUACUUGGAGAUGGAACAUCGUGCUGAAAAGGCUGUAGCUGAACUCGAAGUGAAGACAAGAAGAACUUCAACCGAAUCAGCAGCAGAAGAAGAAGAAGAAGAGUUCAGCAAAAAGGACGUACAAGAAUUGAAUAUGACCGUUGAGCAGAUGAAAGAAGAAGACAGAGAAGAAGAAAAAAGACGAUUGGAGGAGAAAGUAGAGUGCUUAAUGGAAGAUUUGAAUAAGAGGAGGGAUGAGAAUAGAGAUUUAUUGGAGAGGGUAAAGGAAUAUGAGGAG